UCGUUAAUCAAGAUGGAACACGCGAAGCAGUACAACAAGAAUGCCAUACGGCUCGAAAGCCGCGCCCUACGCAUGCUGCUCACGACGCUGCGCGCCAAAGGGACGACGCAACAAGCAUUUGUCGCCGCGGCGGACCGACUGUGCUCGAUCCUGGCUGAGGAAGCGCUGGCGCUGCUCCCGGACGUCCUGGACAACGCACCGAUAAUGACGCCUUGCGGGCCGACGACGGGAAUGAUCUGUCCGCCCGACGGCGACGUCGUCGUUGUCGACAUUGUGCGGAGCGGCGGCAUCCUCCAGGAGGCCGUGCGGCGCGUUUGCCCGGGCGCCGGCACCGCAAAAAUAUUAGUACAACGCGACGAGGAGACGGCUCUGCCGUCGUUACUUUACAGCAAGCUGCCGCCGGGCAUCGGAGAGAAAAACGUCGUCUUGUGCGACCCGAUGCUCGCGACGGGCGGCUCCGCGAUGAUGGCCCUCGGCGUGCUCCGGCAGGCGGGCGUCCGGGACGAGCGAGUAGUCUUCGCGAACGUCGUGAGUUGUCCGGAGGGUUUGCGGCGUUUGGCGAGCGAGGCCCCAGACGUGAAGAUCGUGACGUGCGCCGUCGACGCGGGGCUGAACGACCAGAAGUUCAUCGUGCCCGGGCUGGGAGACUUCGGCGACCGCUACUUCGGCACGUUCGGGUAUAGUGAGGGGCUCUGGGGCUGUGACUAA